AUGUCCUCCCCUAUUCCCCCAGAUCCUUAUGCAACUCUGGGAGUCUCCAAAGAUGCCGACCAUUCGGCUAUUCGCACCGCACAUCGAAAACUUGUUCUCAAAUGCCACCCCGACCGGAUUAAGGAUGAAACUCUCAGAGAAAAGGGUAAAGAUGAAUUCCAGAAGAUUCAGCAGGCCUAUGAGAUCCUUAGCGAUCCUGUUCGGCGCUCCCGGUACGACGACCAGGUCAAACUGGCAGAGCUUCGAAAAGAAGCCAUGGCUAGAGGACCGCCACCGACCAACACUGCCACGGCCACACGGGUAUACCCCAUGAGACCCGCCCCUCAACCUUCGCCCACUGCGACCCGAGAGUACCGUGAGGACGGCAAUUUCUACGAGGAGGUCCGAGCACCCAAAAACACGCCUGCAUACGACUACCGCGACCCUUACGAAGAAACUCCCCGCACAACCUCUAGAAAACAUCCCGAAUAUGAGAAGAGAGCUCCGCCGCCCUCGAAGACCAACGAGAAAUCCAAGAAGGCUUCCAGCACGUGGGCGGGGAUGAUGACUGCCGCUGCCGCCGCCUCAAAAUUGAAGGCUCAAGCAGAAAAAGCCAGAAGCAGCAAGGCAGAUGAAAAGAGAAGUGACAGAGAGAAGAAACGAGAGCGCAGCGAAAAGGUCCAAACAAGAAGGGCAGCCUAUGUGGAUGAUUCGGACAGCGAUUACGACUAUCCUGAAAUCAGACCGUCCUACAAGCCCUCCUCCCGUCCCAAAACAACCUCCCAUUUUGAAUCUUCGGAAAGCACACGCAGACCAUCACAUCCCGAGAAAUACCGAGACUGGGACGAGGAGAGCUUUGAUGAAAAAUGGGAAAGACAUCAUGAAGAGAGCAAGGCAUACAUGGCCAAAGCGAACAAUCGGCCCAGCUUGGAUCGGGUGGAGUCAGACGCCUACCACUACUGGGGCGGAGGAGAUUCCAGAGGCAGCGGUCGAAGAAGCGGCGGCAGCGAUAACGAAAGACGACCAACCUCGUCAAAAGGACGCCGCUCACAUCCAGAGGACUACUUUACGACGCCUCCUUUCUCCAAGUCGGCAUCCUCUCCAACCAAUCUACGCGCUCAUGUUGAGGAACGUGCUCCGAACAUUCGUGAUCGUGACCGCGAGCGAGACAGAGAGCGUGAGCGAAGAAUGCCUCCCAAUCUCCAUCGGUCCCAAACCACGCCUGUUCCAAAGGCCACUUCCAAAAUGGACACCGCUCCCCCCAAAGGUUCCAAUUUGAAGCACGGCGAGACUCAUAUGCAUGACUCGGGUUAUGGAAGCAGCUCCAGUCCCCACACCCCCGAAAUGAGGGAGGAAAGUCCUCCAAGAACUGUUAGAUCACGACAGACGUCGACCAGAUAUCAAAUUGUUGACCCAGAGCCCGAUGGUGAAGACCAAUACCGAAGUCCACGGGUCAAGGUUUACGAUGAUUACCAUGAUCGCCACCACCGAAGAUAUCACCACAGCCCAGAAUCUAUCGUCGGGGAACCAAAUCGAGAGUUUGACCGUCGCAAAGAGAAACCUGAGCGACCACGUGUCGAGACAAACUCUCGCUCGAAAUCUUCUCGUGGAACAUCAAUGGCGCAGGAAUACGUCACCUCUCCUGGUGUUCGAAGAGGCGAUUCGGGGCGUUUUGAAGACGGGGCUUCACCUCGCUCUCCGCGAGAGACACCACCCGUCUCUCGCAACAACAGCGGCCGUGAACGCGAAAAGUUGUAUGGAGAGAUGUCCCCCGAUGAACGAGAACCGUCGCGCUACGCUCGACGUUAUUCUGCAGACAAGAUUCACAUGGCUCCUCAUCGAGAGCCCCAGUAUGCUUCAUACCCGAGAGAUCCCAUGGACUACAGAAGCCAUGAACCGAGUUCGCGUUUCCGUGAACCUCGAGUGAGACGACCUUCGGUCAGCGUGGGAGGGUAUUAA